AUGUUGAAAAACCUUAUUCCCAAGACCCUUCCACGUGUUCGUGAUAUACUCAGGCAACAGCAUAUCGUGUCUCAGCAACAGCAUAUCGUGUCUCAGCAACAGCAUAUCGUGUCUCAGCAACAGCAUAUCGUGUCUCGGCAACAGCAUAUCGUGUCUCAGCAACAGCAUAUCGUGUCUCAGCAACAGCAUAUCGUGUCUCAGCAACAGCAUAUCGUGUCUCAGCAACAGCAUAUCGUGUCUCAGCAACAGCAUAUCGUGUCUCAGCAACAGCAUAUCGUGUCUCAGCAACAGCAUAUCGUGUCUCAGCAACAGCAUAUCGUGUCUCAGCAACAGCAUAUCGUGUCUCAGCAACAGCAUAUCGUGUCUCGGCUACAGCAUAUCGUGUCUCAGCAACAGCAUAUCGUGUCUCAGCAACAGCAUAUCGUGUCUCAGCAACAGCAUAUCGUGUCUAGGUAA